AUGAGUCCCAGCGCGGAGCAACAGUCCGCCCCCGGAGGAUACACCUCGGACAGCGACAACAGUGCGGUCUCUCCCGGCGGCGGCCCUCUCGAUCCCUUCUCGCUUUCGCAGGGCAUCAGAGCACGCAGGUCAGAAUACACCCGGCAAGAAACGAUCCGGAUUAAAGUCGCUACAUGGAACGUCGCCGGUAUACACGGUACGGAGGAGGAUAUCGGGAAAUGGUUCGUGAACAGCAAGGGAAUUAGCGAGGGUCUUUCGGGUGUACACAUCUCGGAAACCGGGAAGCCUGAGGCAUGGAACGAGAGAAAGAGCAGUGAUGCUGGUACAGGACGGAGAAGGUCGUCUAUGGAUGCUUCCGACAGGCAAUGGAGACGCGGAUCCGCUGUUCCAUCGGCAGACUUUGAAUCUGAUGACGUUGGACUCUAUGCUCUUGGGUUGCAGGAGAUUGUCGAUAUUUCGUCUGCGACGGAGGCUUUGAGACCGUUUACUGAUCCAGCACCGGCGAAUCGGUGGAAGACGGCGGUUCAGAAGGCUCUGCCGCCUGGGUACCAGCUCGUCGCUGAGACGCAGUUGCUUGGUCUGCUGCUACUUAUCUAUGCCGCGCCCCGGGUUAUCAAUAAUAUAUCUGGCGUUAGUACUUCCAGUGUAGGUACUGGGUUGUUAGGAUACAUGGGCAACAAAGGUGCCGUAUCGACGCGCUUGGUGCUUGGCGAGACUACAUCUAUGGUAUUUGUGAACUCGCACUUGGCAGCUGGUUCGGAUAAGGGUAGCUUGGAGCGGCGGAAUUGGGAUGCCGCUCAAAUCAUCAGCCGCACGAAGUACUCACCUAUCGAUCUUGAAAAGGGUCCUCCUGACUAUAUCGGGAAAGAGGACUUUGCAUUCUGGUUUGGUGAUCUUAACUAUCGACUCGGGGAUAUCCCAGGAGGCGAUGUGCGCCAGGUCCUGUCUCGACACACGGAGAACGAAUACGAUAAUCGACACCAGUCGACACGCACACUCGAUGACCGUCCUUCAUCUCCGCGCAACAUUGUCGAGGAGGGAGAAAUGGAUCCGCCCCUAAGCAGCGCGAGCAAAGGCCAUCCGGCGCUGUCGGACAAAGAGAUUGACCCGCAUGCUGACCCGGCUUCUCUUCAGACCACUAUCGCAUCUCUUCUUCCUCAUGACCAGCUUCGUAUACAGCAACAGAACGGGAAGGCUUUCCACGAGGGAUGGCGGGAAGGCGAUAUCACCUUCCUGCCGACUUAUAAAUAUGACGUGGGUAGCGUGGCUAGGUUCGACUCGAGUGAGAAACACAGAGGUCCCAGUUGGUGUGAUCGGAUUUUGUUCCGGACACGCGAGGACAAGCAAAGACAUGAGCGCCUCAACCGCGAACUCGCAGAAUCUCGAAAGAAAGACGAAGAGAUGAAGGCUCGGGGCCUGGAUAAGGCUGCGGCUGAUGAUAACGUCCUGUUCGACUACGAUCCAGAAGUCGACGGCGCGGAUAGUGUCGAGGAGAAUGAACCAUCCCAGGAUAAAUCUGAUGAUGGUACGUCGUCGGAGUAUCAGCUUGAACGGGAUGGCCCUAUCCGACUUGAAUACUACGUGUCGCAUCAGGGUAUUCUCUCUUCUGACCAUAAGCCAUUGGAUGCCGGAUUCACAUUGACUUUUGAAUCUGUGAUUCCGGAAUUGAAAGCCAAGGUACACCAAGAAGUCGUGCGGGAGCUGGACAAGGCCGAGAACGAAGCCCGUCCAGGCCUGACUGUUGUGGUAGAUAAAUAUGAAGAAGACGUCCGGAAUGCCGAGAAAAAAGAAGACCCCAACUCGUUGGAUUUCGGUGGCAUAACGGUUGACGUGCCACUUACCCGUUCGUUGACUGUUGCCAACACCAGCGGCGUACCGGCUACAUUCACGUUUGACAGGCCAAAUCCAGAAGAGAGGCAGUUCAAUUGGCUUGACUAUCGCAUUAGCCUCCGAGCCGAGCCUGAACACGAUGGCAAGAAGCCCAAGACACCUGAACGGGAGAAGACGUUAGUCCCAGGCGAGGUUGCUAACAUCGAGGUCACGGCGCACGUGCAGGAUCUCGAAACGAUUCGUCUGCUGAACCAUGGGCUCGUCAGACUUGAGGAAAUUAUGGUCCUCCGUGUGGCCAAUGGACCGGACCAUUUUAUCUGUGUCUCUGCACAAUGGCUACCUACGUGUUUUGGUCGUAGCGUGGUCGAUCUCACACGCAUGCCUGAAGCAGGCGCACGCAGCUUGGUAGCUCCGCAACCGCCAGAGCAGGCAAAGGACAAGGGCGUCCGCCUCUCUGCCCCCCGCGAACUUUUCCGAUUAACAGAGGCGAUCUCUGAACUCUCCGAACGCGCCGUUGCGGAAUGGGGAAUGACACGAGAUGAUUCCGAAGACAGCACUCCGCCGUGGAAGGCAGAACCAUACGGACCAGGAUGGCCAUUCAACCCAGAAACAUGGACCCUGAAAGGCCGCGACGAGCGCGCACCACUACUAGCUCGUGUCCGGGAAUCGCUAGACACCAACGGCUCCCUGACCUCCAUCUUCGAACCCGAAAUAUCCUCUCUCGAGCGCCUCGAAAUCCUCAGCGAAACCCUAAUGGUCUUCCUCCGCUCCCUAAAUGACGGCAUAAUCACGGUAGACGUCUGGCAAAACAUGAACUCGCAAAUCAUCGCAAGAGAAAAAUCAAAACAAACACCCCUCUCCUGGGAAGAAACACAAGCCUGGGUCCUCGAGAACCUAUCCUACUCCCCCGCCCACAGCGUCUCCUUCACCUUCGUCACCUUCAUGCUCGCGCGUAUCGCCAACGAAGUCGCGCCCGCUCUCUCUAUGCCCCCACCCCGCCCAUCCUCCCACCACCAACACUCCAAGAAAUCCUCCGAAGACAAAAAACGCCAACAAUCACCGCGCAAAACAGAAGGCCAGCAGUCCCAGAAUGCUGCACCGACCCCAACCCCCGCCUCUUCAGCAGCGUUUAUCUCAGCGGGAUCUUUCCGCCGCCAGUCGCGCUCGUUCACUACAUCCUCGUCUUCAUCGUCGUCGACUGAUAGCGGUAAAGCUGCUACGAGCGCUAAUGGGAACAUAGCAACGCAUAGACAGGCCGUCGAAACCGCGUUCGCGAGUAUGUUUGCGAAUCUGCUGAUUUCGAGUGAUGUGCCUGUUCCGUCGAAGGAGAAGGAGAGGAGGGCUCUGGAUGAGCGGAAGAGGAGUGUUGUCGAGCCGUUUUUGAAGAUUAUUGGGGUUGAUAAUGAGGGGCCUUCGGGGGGUGGUUCAUAA